GGCGGGGCGAUGUAGGGGACAUGCCCUGACGGGACGACGAGCGAUCGGGGCGCCGCCUGCGAGGGCACAGCUGCGCCAGCGGAGCCGCCCGCGGCGGGUCGGCCGCGCCCGGCGAGGCCCCCGAGCGCCGCCGCUAUGGCUGGGGCCGGGCUCUGGGCGAGCAUCAAGUCCCUGCUAGGGAAGAGCGAGGACCCUCUGUUCCUGAACGACUCCAGUGCCUUUGACUUCUCGGACGAGGUGGGGGAUGAGGACUUCCCCAGGUUUAACAAGCUGCGCGUUGUGGUGGCGGACGACGGCUCGGAGGCGGCCCCGGAGACGCCGGUGAACGGGGCGUCCCCGGGGCUGCCGUCCGACGAUGAGUCCCUGCUGGACCGGGACAUCGCCCUGCGCAGCGCCCGGGCCGGCCGGCCGGACCCCUGCAGCGGCUGCAGCAGCCGGCGGGAGCGCUCCAAGCAGAGGAAGGUGAAGAAGCGGCUGACGCUCGCUGCCCUCCUCUACCUCCUCUUCAUGACGGGGGAGCUCAUAGGUGGCUAUGUUGCUAACAGUCUAGCAAUUAUGACAGAUGCACUUCACAUGCUAACUGACCUUAGUGGUAUUAUUUUGACCCUCCUUGCUCUCUGGCUGUCUGCAAAAUCUCCAACAAAGAGGUUCACUUUUGGAUUUCAUCGCUUAGGAGCAGCCUCUCACUUCUGCAACAAUUGCUCCUCCUUUUCUGCUCCCAGUGCCAGCAGGUUGUGGAGUGGAACAGGUUGUGGAGUGGAAAUACAUGAAACCCACCUGGAAGCAGCCCUGAGCAAUGAACCCACUGUGGCUGACCCUCCUUUGAGCAGGACUACAAUUUCCAGGGGUUCCUUUUCACUUCAACCAUCCUGCAUGAGUAGCAGCAGUGCAGCUCUCUGGAUGAGCAGGAGAGCCUGGGGCUGGGCAGAAGUUUCUCUGCUGCAGGAAGGAAGAGGAAAAGUACUGUCAGCCAUCAUUAGUGUACUGCUGGUCUAUAUCCUUAUGGCAUUCCUGUUGUAUGAGGCUGUUCAGAGAACCAUCCAUAUGGACUAUGAAAUAAAUGGUGAUAUCAUGCUCAUCACAGCAGCCGUCGGUGUUGCAGUUAACUUAAUAAUGGGGUUUUUGCUGAAUCAGUCUGGCCACCUUCACUCCCACUCCCAUUCCCACCCUCACUCUCACGCACCUCAGCCGAGCUCUCCGAGCGCAGCGCAGGGCAGCAGCCACGGGCACAGCAGCCACGGGCACAGCAGCCUGGCUGUGAGAGCAGCGUUUGUGCACGCCCUGGGUGACCUGGUACAGAGCAUUGGGGUGCUCGUAGCUGCCUACAUCAUCCGCUUUAAGCCAGAAUACAAGAUUGCUGAUCCUAUAUGUACAUAUGUAUUUUCCAUACUGGUGGUUUUUACAACAAUUCGAAUUCUGUGUGACACGGGAGUUAUUAUUCUGGAAGGAGUUCCAAGACACUUAAAUGUGGAUCGCAUCAAGGAAGACUUGAUGAAAAUUGAGGAUGUUUAUUCUAUAGAAGAUUUAAAUGUUUGGUCUCUCACUGCAGGAAAAACAACUGCCAUAGUCCACUUGCAACUAGUUCCUGGUAGUUCUUCUAAAUGGGAGGAUGUUCAGUCCAAGGCCCGGCAGCUGCUGCUGAACACGUUUGGAAUGUACAAGUGCUCUGUCCAGCUUCAGAGUUACAAACAGGAGAUGAGCAAAACCUGCGCGAAUUGUCAGAGUUCCAGUGCCUAAUUUCAUAUGUUUUGGGAACUGCUGCCUUAUUCUUUACCUUGUGUAGUCAAAGACUGAGAGCAAUAAAUGCAAAAUGAAAAUUAUCCAAUAGUAACCAUUAAUAUGUGGAUUUGUACCAUGGGACAUGCAGCAGGGAGAACUGGUGCUGCAAAAAGUGCAGUGGUUGCCCUACAGAACAUGUAUUUCACUCUCUCUGUUGUACUGGUUCAUUCAAUUUAUUAUGGUUUUUAGACAAAGCUGGUUUUGGAUUAUUGUUUACAAACUGGAACUUGGCUCUGCAGAUACCUCACGAAUUACAGUCCAAUAUUGUCCUUUAAACAUUACGUACCACAAAGUACCUGCGCUCCAAAAGGAGCAUCAGAUAUUCAGUAUUUCAGUCAAAAGUCUCUAAAGCUGAUCAUACCAGGGUUGCACAAUGUAUCAUGAUCCCCAAAUUCAUUAUUCAGUAUUUUUGCAAUAGUAAUUUUCAGACAGUAUCUCAAACUAUUAACACAUACAUUAAAUUGAAUUCUCAUGGAAGCUGUCUCUUUGGAGACAGUGCAAAAUACAGAAUUUCCUGUACCCAGACCAGAAAGUUAGCUUUAAUCUGGGCAUUCAGAGAUCCAGACAGGAAGAUCCUUGCCCAGACUUCUGGUAUUUAUCUAGAGACCCAACACUGGACCCAAAGUGUUUUAAGUGAUCAGUUAUCUUUAAUGUGUUUUAGAAUAGGAUUUAUACAUUAGAAACAGGUUAUUUAUUUUAUAAAGUUUUGACUUGUAAGAGGAAUUUAUUAUUAAUGAUCUUGAAUGUCUAAACUAUCAUUUGAUUCACAUUAAAAGGCCAGUUGAUUAGCAUGCAUGCUAAUUGUAAUUAAUAAGUGUCCUGUAAUCGAUAAUUUUUUCCAUGAUUGUUUUGUUUUAUAAGAAAAGUCAAAUGAUAGAAGUGCUAUUUGACUUGGAAAUACUCUCAAAUGCAAUCUACAGAUAUGUGCAUCUAACAGGAAAGUGGGGAGCAGAAGUUUUAGACAUGCACAAUUCCAUCCAUCACAAUCUCUGACCUUUCAUCUUUGCUUUAAGCACAGUGUGGCAGCAUCCUGACAGGAAUGCCAGUGUGAUUGCAGUUCCCACUACUUAGCUUAUGGAUAAAGCAAAAUCCAAGCAAGCUCCGUAACCUAAAGGUGUUGGACAACAAUAUGGUAACAACCUACAGUGGCAGAAAGGCCCUUUUGUAUUUACAGAGAGGAGGCAAUGUGGAAAGACUGUAUUCAUCUGGACAGCUCAGAGUCCACAAAGUGGAACUGUUUGGCCUCAUUGUGGAACCCCUGUAUUCUGAAUGUGCCCAGGAUAAGAAAUCUUUACACUAAGCUACCAUACACCUACAAGCCCAGAAUUAACCUGCUUCUGACGUCAGUGGCAUUCAAGAAGCUAAGGGCAGCAAGAACAUGAUCUACAAAGUUCAGAAGAUGCCAAGAUCUUGGCUUCAAAUAUUUUUUGUUUAUUCUGUACUUUCACUUUAUGCAGAACUUCCACUGACAUGAAAAGUAGUUCUCUGUGUGGAUCAGAAAGGAAAGCUUUUGCCCAGUUAUGGUUACUGUGAUAUUCAGCUGUGAAUACUUCAUCUAUUUUCUGUUUUGAAACUUGCUAGGGUUUCACAUUUUCAUAAGGCUGAUUUGGUGGUAACAAUUUUGGCUUCUUUUCUUCCCUUUUUGGAGGUAGGAAUCACAUGAUGAAUUUUUAUUGAUGAAAGCUGACAGCGCAUUAGGAAUCUGGACAGAAUGCACAUAACAGCGGAUUGUGUUUGUAUCUGUUUGGGCAAGAAACAGGAACACUGGUGUACAGCAUGGGAGUGUGUGCAGCUGAAAAGCAGCACUGUGCUUGGUAAGGUAAUGCUGCAAUACAAACACUAUCAUUAAUUAAGCCAUAUCACAGUUCAUGAAAAAUGUGCAUCCCAUCCUUUCAAAUUUACUGGAAAAACCCACAAACAACAGUUAUUUUGCACAUACUAAUGCUCAAAUGGGUUUUAAUUAAAUUGGGGUUUACAGUUGAUGUAAUUAGAUGUUGAAGUACAGUAGACAUGUAUUGUAUUUGCAGGUUUUUAAUAAUUUACUAUACAUUUGUUUAAUUGAAAAAAAAAGGUGUGUUGUUUUAUUGUGGGUUUUAUUAAAUCGAUUAUUAAACUUCACAUUGUCUUAUAAAAUA